AGUUCGCUGUAGUGACUCGGAACCGCUAAACACUGACACGAAGCUAAAAACAAGAAACUCUUUGGGUUUUUCGGGUUUGUUCGGGUCCCCAAGUUUUCUUCCACCCGGGUCACCAGCUCACUCAGCCGCCGAACGCUUCGCCAUGGUGGGAGUAAAAGUGAUCGGCAGCGACCCGGACUUCACUCCGGAGCUGGCGGCCGCCGGCUCCAGGCUCGCCGUGGUGAAGUUCACAAUGGCCGGGUGUGGCCCCUGCGUCAGAAUAGCUCCCGUGUUCAACAUGCUCAGCAACAAGUACCCACAGGUGGUCUGCCUGGAGGUGGACGUUCACGUCUGUCAGGCAACAGCAGCAGCCCACAACAUCACAGCCACGCCCACCUUCCUGUUCUUCAGGAACCGGGUCCGGGUGGAUCAGUACCAGGGCGGGGACCCGGCGGGGCUGGAGGAGAAGAUCAAGCAGCACACAGAGAACGACCCCGGGAACAGCGAGGACUCGGACAUUCCUAAAGGAUAUAUGGACCUCAUGCCUUUCGUCAACAAAGCCGGCUGUGAGUGCCUGAACGAGAGCGACGACUGCGGCUUCGACAACUGUUUAAUCAAAGACUCUUCCUACCUGGAGUCGGACUGCGAUGAACAGCUGUUGAUAACGAUGGCCUUCAACCAGCCGGUGAAGCUCUUCUCCAUGAAGCUCCAGUGUUCAGACUUCGCCCAGGCGCCGAAGGAGGUGAAGGUGUUCAUCAACCUGCCGCGGUCGAUGGGCUUCGACGACGCCGAGCGCAGCGAAGCCACCCAGAGCCUGGAGCUGUCGGAGGAGGACUACAAGGAGGACGGCUCCGUCGCCCUGCGCUACGUCAAGUUCCAGAACGUUCAGAGCGUCACGUUGUUCAUCAAGUCGAAUCAAGCAGACGAGGAAACGACGAAAAUCAACUACCUGACGUUUAUCGGCACUCCGGUACAGGCCACCAACAUGAACGACUUCAAACGGAUCUCAGGGAAGAGAGGUGAGAGUCACUGAGGAAGAGGAAGAGGAAGAGGCUGCCCAUACAUCCAAGGACUUUCCUUCUGCCAAAGCAACCACACACACACUCUCACACUCUCUCACACACACACACACACACACACAGCCAGCCUCCAGAUGUCGUCCUUGAGCCCUGAAUGAAUCGUCCCUCUGCGGAGACUCGCUCUAUAAAUCAUUUGUAUUGUAAUUCUGAUGGCAUCUCUGUAAAUAAAACCCGGUCCUUUUCCAAAGGCA